ACGGUAAAUGUAAUGACUUCCGCCUUUUCUGUUUCCUUGGUAUCGGCGUUUCUCAAGAUUCGUAGCUGUUGUUUUUCUUCAACGCGGAGAAGAGCGGCAGGCCAUUUCGCUGACAGCCAGGCUGCGUUUUGAAAUCCUGCCCGGAGCAGGGCUCUUCUUGAGCAGCUUGUACCUGCGUGCGGCCUCCCCGGUGUGCGCUGCGCCGGGAUGACGGUGUGCAGUUUCUUCCUGCAGGGCCGGUGUCGGUACGGAGAGAGGUGCUGGAAUGAGCACCCCAGCCGGGAUGGAGGCGGCCAUCACAGCCGGCCGCAGGGCAACCGCGGAGCCGGAGGGUUUGGGAACAGAGUCUGGGUCAACCCCUCGCAGAGGUCAUCUGGGUCGGACUACAUCCAGCCCUCCUCCUUCUCCCGGCCGGAGGACUGGGGGCGAGGCGGCCGAGAGGAGGGCCGGAGCCGGUUUGGGGCGCCCUCGGGGUCCGGACGCCCGGAGGAGAGCAAGGGUUUCUCUGGCACGGGGAGCUCCAGCUUCAGCUUCUCCGCGGGCAGCAGGUUCUCGGCCCUGAGCUCCCAGCCGGACUUCGACGGGGGUGGCCCGGAGGACAGCCCGGAGAAACAGCUGGAGGUCUGCCUGGAGACCAUCAGGAGGGACAUGGAGGUGUGGGAGAGCUCUGGCCAGUGGAUCUUCUCUUGUUACUCCGUCCUCAAGGCCUCUAUUUCAGGCUUUCCUGAGAUCUCUCCAGAAGAGCUGAGACUUGAGUACUACAAUGGAAAAGAAGGAGGAAAUCUGCAGAACUACAUGAGCUCCGUGACACAGUUGGUGAAUCAGUGGAAGAGCAGGCUGCUUGAGUUAAAGACGCAGAACUCGGUCACACGAGUGGCUUUGGUAGCAGAACUGAAGAACCCCAGCCCUAAAGCCCCAUCUGUGCAGUUCGGUGCUCCACAGACAUCAGCUUUUACAUCAGGGGGUUUCGGUGCCACUGGCUCGGCGUGCAGCAGCGGGUUCGGCAGUGUGGAUCCAGCGGGGGGCUCCACGGGCUCCACGGGCUCCACGGGCUUCGGGAGCGCGGCAGCCGGCUUCGGCGCCCCUGCGGCCCCUUCGUCUGCCGCCUCCUUCUCCUUCGCGCUCCCUACAGCGGGAAACGAGCUGCCCCCGGGGUUCAGUGCCCCUUCGGGGUUCAGUGCCCCUUCGGGGUUCAGUGCCCCCUCCGGGUUCGGCUCUUCGAGCUUCGGUGGCUCUUCCUCCUCCUCCUCCUCCUCCUCCUCCGCGGCGGCCGGCAGCUCCGGGGUCGCGGGGAGCGGCGUGGGCGCGGGCGCGGGCGGGGCCCAGCCGGCCGCGGGACAGCUCUUCUCCCCGCAGAGCGAGCUGACCGCGGAGGAGAUGAAGGAGUUUGCAGCCAGGAGGUUCACCCUGGGCAAGAUCCCUCUCAGGCCUCCUCCCGCGGAGCUGCUGGCCGUCUAGGACGCUGCCGCCUCGUGCCUGGCCUGGCUGGGGGCUCCGUCCUCAUGUGUUCACAUCAUUUCUUUUUUAGAAAGCCAAUCUUCUGCUUCAAUCCACUACAUUAGUACAAUUGCACGUGGGACUCUAUACACCAGUGUUGUACUAGUGGACAAAUGUAAAAUUUUAUACAAUUUAAAUAAAACUCUUUUUUAAUGCA